GCUAAGGUCAACACUCAUUUGUCUGAUUUCCGGUGCCAUGGACGUCAGUGGUUUUGCUCCUAUUCUGUUAAAGAUGGCGUACCAGACCGGAGUUUCGUAUAAAACGUGCAUGUUCACCUUUGCCGCUAUCAUACUUUUUCUGUCUUCUGUCAACACAAUCACCCUUCCACCUAGACAAGAUGACGACGGGAACAACAUUGACAAAGAUUGUUGCUUAAAGAUACGCAAGCGGCAAGGUGUUACUGAAAAAUCAUCUAAACCCAACACCAAUACUUGUAGAAACGCCGACCAACCUGACUUGAAUGUACCAGCAACAAAUGAAACGAUUGAUAAUAAUCAAGUUUUAGAGCAAAGUUUGCCAAAGACAGCAUACAAACUUGAUGAUGAAAGUACAGAACAAAAGUGUGGUGUUCGUUUCAUUGGAAAUAUCACUCCAGAGUUAACAAGUAAAGUGAAAGCAGAUGGAGAUGUCACUCGGGAAGAAGCUGAUGAAAUUAUUGGCCAUCAUGAUUUUAAUAAAGCCACCAGUUGUCAAAAUAAGAAUAAUAUCAAUCAUACAGAAAUGCAAGUCGACCAUUUUGGGUGUUGA